AUGACGGGGGAGUCAUGGCAGCAGGCAGCCAGAGCAGGAAGUGGAGAGAUUACAUCUCCAAACACCAACACAAAACAGAAGGAGAACUUGAAAUGGGCCACCCUUUUCACAGGUCCCUCUUGCUUCAUGUUACCAAAGAACCUGCCUCCCUACCAAAGCCUGAGUUUUCAGCCUUGCGUCAGGAUGGAAGACAGAUUACCCUGCCUCAUCAACUACCUGCUGCAGUUGUGUCUCAGGAAACUAGACAAGGAAGAACUCGGAAUGUUUAAGCAAUUACUAAAAGCUCAAUACUCAGACUUGACGUCAUGCAUUCUCCCGAGGACCCAAGUGGAAAAUGCCAGUGUGGAAUGCGUAGUCUCUCUCCUCCUUGAGUAUUACCUAGGACCUGUCUCUUGGGCAAUAGUCAUUUGCAUCUUUGAAGACAUGAAACUAUAUGUUAAUUUUACUGAAAGUAAAACUUCCUUCUUCUGCCCUCUCUUACCUGAUCAUGGAGGUGAUCAACAAGACUACAAAGCCCACAUGGUGGCUAAACUCAAGACCAGUGUGGAAGUCCACCAUGACAGCCCAGACAUUCAAAUACUGUUGGAUGCUUUUAAGCCAGACCAGAAGGGCUUCCAACCUCACACUGUCGUUCUGCAUGGAAAAUCAGGAAUCGGGAAGUCAGCUUUGGCCAGAAGGAUCGUGCUGGGCUGGGCACAGGGUGAACUCUACCAAGACAUGUUCUCCUACAUCAUCGUCCUCUCCACUAGAGAAAUGAAGUGGACAGAAGAAAGCAGUUUUGCAAAGUUGAUUGCCAGGGAGUGGCCAAACUCCCAGGCUCCAGUGGCACAGAUCAUGUCCCAACCUGAAAGACUCUUGUUUGUGGUGGAUAGUUUUGAUGAUCUGGACUCUACCACCAUACAUGAUGACACAAGGCUGUGUGGAGACUGGAAUAGAGAACAGCUUGUAUCCAUCCUGAUGUACAGCUUGCUGAAGAAGGCUCUGCUCCCUGAGUCCUUCCUCAUGAUCCUCACCAGAGACACAGGCUUAGAAAAGCUCAAGUCAGCAGUGGUGUCUCCCCAGUACAUAUUGGUCGAAGGAAUGUCCUGCAAGGAAAGGACGCAGCUACUCCUCUCACACAUCGCCAGUGACCAUCGAAAGGCACAAGUCUUCCAUUCAGUGAUGGACAACCACCAGCUGUUUGACCAGUGCCAGAUCCCUUCAGUGUGCUUGCUGGUCUGUGAGGCUCUGCAGCUGCAGGAGAGACUGGGAAGGAGCUGUGCCCCUUGUCACCAGACUCUUACAGGCUUGUACACCACUUUUGUGUUCCACCAGCUCACCCCGAGAGAUCCUUUCCAGAGCUGUCUGAGUCAGGAAGAGCGAGUCUCCCUGAUGGGUUUAUGCAGGAUGGCUGUAGAGGGGGUGUGGAACAUGAGGUCUGUGUUUUACAGUAAUGACCUGAGGUCCCACGGGCUAAAGGAAUCUGAGCUCCGCGCACUGUUUCACAUGAACAUCCUUCUCCAUGAGGACCGUGGUGAACGAUGCUUUACUUUCUUCCACCUCAGCCUACAGGACUUUUGUGCUGCCCUAUAUUAUGUUUUGGAAGGCCUGGAAAGAUGGGAUUACUACUUUCUGUUCAUUAAAAACCUACGGGGCAUCACGGAGCUGCAGCAAACGGGCUCCAACGCCCACCUCCUCAGGAUGAAGCAGUUCUUAUUUGGCCUCGUGAACAAAGACACAAUGAAGGCCUUAGAGCUUCUCCUUGGACGUCCUGUGUCCCCCGCCGUGAAGCAAAAGCUUUGGCGAUGGGUGUCCCUGCUGGGUCAGCAGGUCAACACCACCUCCACCCAGGUGGAUGUGUUGAACGCCUUCCACUAUCUGUAUGAGACUCAGGAUAAAGAGUUUGUUAGCUUGUCUCUGAACAGCUUCCAGGAAGUGUGGCUUACGGUUAGCCGGAGAAUGGACUUGAUGGUAUCUUCUUUCUGUCUCCAACACUGUCAGAAUUUGCGCAAAAUCCGGGUGGAUGUCAAAGACAUCUUCUCAGUGGAUAAGACUGCCGAACUGUGCCCCAUGGCUCCCCAGAGGACAGAACGGAAAGCCCUCAUUGUUGAAUGGUGGGAAAAUUUCUGCUCCGUGCUGGGCAGCCACCCGAACUUGGAGCAGCUGCACUUGGGCAGCAGCAUCCUGAGUGAGUGGGCUAUGAAGACUCUAUGCAUCCAACUGAGACACCCAGCCUGUAAAAUACAGAACCUGACGUUUAAAAGUGCAGAGGUGGCCCCCGGCCUGCAGUAUCUCUGGAUGACCCUCAUUAGCAAUCGUAACUUAAAAUACCUCAACCUGGGGAGCACACUCCUGAGGGAAGAGGAUGUUAAGAUGGCCUGUAACGCCCUGAGACAUCCAAAGUGCUUCCUGGAGACUCUGAGAUUGGACUCCUGUGAACUAAGUAACACCUGUUAUCCGAUGGUGUCCCAGCUCCUUAAUUCAUCCACCAGCCUAAAAUCUCUUAGCCUGGCAAGAAAUAAGGUGGCCGAGGACAGCAUGAAGUCCCUCUGUGAUGCCCUGAUGAGCUCUAAGUGUGGCCUGCAGAGGCUAAUACUGGACAGCUGUGACCUCAAAUCUGCCAGCUUCCACGUGCUAUCUUCAGCCCUCCUCAGCAACCGGAAGUUGACACACCUAUGCCUGUCGAACAAUGACUUAGGGACGGAAGAGAUGAGGCUGCUGUGUCAGUCCUUGAGACACCCAGGAUGCACUCUCCAGCGACUGAUACUGAAUGACUGCAACCUCAGGGGACAGGCCUAUGGUUUCCUCGCAUUGACGCUUAUGAACAACACACAGCUGACUCAUCUGAGCCUGACUAUGAAUCCUGUGGAGGACAGUGGUAUGAAGCUUCUGUGUGAGGCCAUCAGGGAACCAACUUGUCACCUCCAAGACCUAGAACUGGUGCAUUGCCAGCUCACGGGGAACUGCUGCAAGGACCUAGCCUGUGUGAUCACACGGAACAAAUACCUGAGGAGCUUGGAUCUUGGUGCCAAUGCUCUGGGUGACAGCGGAGUUGUGGCUCUGUGUGAGGGUCUGAAGCAAAGGGACAGUCAUCUGAGGAGACUCGGGUUGGAGGCGUGCAGGUUGACUUCCGACUGCUGCCAGGAACUGUCAUCAGCCCUCUCCUGUAACCAGCACCUGAUCAGCCUAAACUUGGUGCGGAAUGACUUCAGCACAUCAGGAAUGAUGAAACUGUGUUCUGCCUUCAUGCACCCCACGUCUAACCUGUGGAUGAUUGGCCUGUGGAAGAAAGAGUAUCAUGCCCAGGUGAGAAGACAGUUGGAGGAGCUGCAGCUUCUCAAGCCACACAUGAUGAUCAAAGGUGACUGGUAUUCCUUUGAUGAGGAUGACCGGUGUUGGUGGAAAAACUGAAGUCGUGAAGCUGCUCCCCUUUGACACCAAAGCUCCCGUUAUCUGUGGAAAUGUCUGCCCCACCUCAGAGCGUGUAACAGACAGGACUAAAAUAAACACUUAGCAUUUGGAAAAGCACCCAGUGGUUAUGUUCACCAGUGGGGAUAUGAUUUAAGAGCAGAGGUAAGGGGACUUGGAGAUGGCCGAGUUGGUAAGGUACUUGCCGUGCAAACAUGAAGGCCAUAGUUUGAGGCACAGAAUCCAUGUAAAAACUGGGCAUGGUGGCAUCUGCUUGUAAUGUAAUACCCUCAGAGAGUGCCACGCAGUUUGGGGUCAAAUCAGGAGUCCUUUAUUAGCUGGAAGUCAGGGGUCUAAUGCUCAAAAGACCUUUGGACCCUGAGGAGAAGCAGGGCAGGGUUUAUACAGCUUAAAACCACAAUUACAUCAUGCCAGGGGCAAAGCCAAUCACCAUAGUUACAUCAGAUCACCAUAGAUACAUCAGACCAGGGGCAAUUCAGUUAACAAAGAGGUUUUCAGUUAACAAAAAGUUUUGGUUAGGCUGGGAGGGAGGACGUGCUCCCUGGACUUGCUCCUGGCUACUUGUACGUUUCCCAGUAUUGUAGAAACAAUGCGCUCCCUGAACCUGCCUGCAUGAGACGUUCUGCCUGGCAGGCUGCAGUGGGAAAGACUGGACAAACGCACAGGGCAAAGCAAAAAUCAGAACAAGACAGAAUUAGUUUUGCCGUGUCAGUAAUACCUGCACUGGGAAGGCAGGAAGGUCUUACUUUCUCCUUGCGGUAAUAAAACACUCUGACAAAAGUAACGGAAAGGAGACAGGGUUUGGGCUCACAGAUCAGAAGGAACAUAGUCCACCAUGGCAGAAAAAACAUGGUGUCAGGAGCAGGAGACUGAUGGAUCACAUCACAUCCUUGGGAAACAGAGGGAUGAAUGUGUGCUGUUCAUUUCCCUUUCUUGGUUCAUACAGUCCAGGACCCCGGCCGGGGAUGGUUGCACCCAC